AUGGCGCACCAGGACUGCCGGUUCUAUGAGAGCCGCUACCCGGAGAUGGACGACGUGGUGAUGGUCCAGGUCAAGUCCAUCGCCGAGAUGGGGGCCUACGUGUCGCUGCUGGAGUAUGGCGGCAUCGAGGGCAUGAUCCUGCUCUCCGAGCUGUCCCGGCGCCGCAUCCGCUCGGUGCAGAAGCUCAUCAAGGUCGGGCGGCAGGAGCCGGUCAUGGUCCUGCGUGUGGACAAGGAGAAGGGCUACAUUGACCUCUCCAAGCGCCGUGUCAACCCCGAGGACGUGGCGAAAUGCGAGGAGCGGUUCGCCAAGUCGCGCAUGGUGCAUUCCAUCAUGCGCCAUGUGGCCGAGACCUGCGGCGUGGAGCUGGAUGACCUAUACUCCCAGGUGGGCUGGCCCCUGUACCGCCUGUACGGCCAUGCCUACGAUGCCUUCCGCGGCAUGAUCCCCGACCCCGAGCCCGUGCUGGAGCGUCUGCGGACCGAGGUGCACUCCGGCGAGACUCCGGCGGUGCUCACGCCCGCGGUGCUGGAUGGCAUCCUGAAGAACAUCAAGCGGCGCAUGACGCCGCAGCCCAUCAAGAUCCGGGCGGACGUGGAGAUGACCUGCUUCGCCUACGACGGCGUGGAGCACAUCAAGGGCGCAAUGCGCGCCGCGCUGGCACAGUCCAGCGAGGAGUGCGAGGUGUCCAUCAAGCUGGUGGCGCCACCGCUCUACGUCCUCACCACCCAGACCCUGGACAAGGCGCGGGGGAUCGAGGUGCUGACGGCGGCGGUGGAGGCCUGCAAGGCCAGUGUGGAGGCCCAGCGCGGCAGCCUGCGGGUGAAGGAGGCCGCCAGGGCGGUGUCCGAGAAGGAGGAGAAGCUGCUGCAGGAGGAGCUGGAGGCGGCCGAGGCAGCCAACAGGGAGAUUGCUGGGGACGACGAGAGCGAGGAGGACUUCGAGGAGGGCAUGUCCGUGGAUGUGGAUGCCGCACCGGCGCUGGCCAUCAUUACCAACGCCCCAACCCGCUGCCACGUUCCCGUUCGACGCAUCGACUCGACAGAAAUCCACGAGUGCGCCAUGCAGACUGUGUGCGUCUCCCCCAGCGUGGGCCUCCGGCCCGUCCGUAGCUCGGGUCGCAGCAUGAUGGUGUGCCGCGCCCAGGCCCAGCCCGCCCAGAAGCGCGUGGCCCUGGGUGGCCUUGUCGGUGCGGCUGUGGCCCUGCCCAGCCUGUUGGCGACUCACCCGGCGCUGGCGCUGGUGGAUGAGCGCCUGAACGGCGACGGCACUGGCCAGAUCCUGGGCAUCAACGACGCCUCCCUGUUCUGGGUGCUGGCUAUUGUGUUUGGCCUGGUCUGGGCCGCGUACUACAACAGCCAGAGGGACCUGGGGGGCGACAAGGGCGACGACUCCGGGCUCACGCUCUGA